GGAGGGAGACCGGAAGAAGGCGAGACGCUGUCUCUGGAUAUUCCGUGGCCGCGAAGAUGGCGGUCGCUGCGUGGCUUCGGCUGGUACCUGUCACUCUUAUUCUCCUCGGGACGUUGCCGUCCCCACUCUCUUUUCCCAGCGCCGGGCCAAGACCAGCCGCCGCCGCCGAGAGAUCCAAGUGGCAUGUCCCGGUGCACUUGGAAAAGAAGAAGUAUUUUAGUUUUGGAAAGGUCCUCUUCAACAACACCACUAUCUUCUUGAAGUUUGAAGGAGAACCUUGUGAUCCGUCUUUGAGUUUCAAUGUGACUUGGUACUUGCGUUCUUGUAACUGUUACAAUGAAGUUAUCAACUUUGGGGAUGAACAAGCAGAUAAGUAUUUUGGAAGCACCAAGUUGGAACAUCCUGGUUGGCCUGGGUCCUAUGAAAUGUUACCAACCUUGUUCCAGAACUACAGUGAAAUCUUUAAACCACAGAGUUUUUCUGGGGAUUUUGUGCAUCCAGUGGUGCUAACAGGAGAAAAACCAGAGGCUAGGUACAAUGGAACGAACCAUACAGCUGUUGUAGAGAAGCCUUCAACGAAUGCUGCUAUUAAAACUUGGCAAGAUGGGCCAUAUAUCUUCAUUGUUCAGAUUGGAAUUUCAUCCUCAAAGGAGUCUUUCAAAGAAGAGCCACAAAAUAAACUUUUUACCAUGACUGUGGAAGUGAAGGGUCCCUAUGAAUACCUCUCUCUUGCAGAGUAUCCCCUCAUGAUUUUCUUCAUGGUGAUGUGUAUCGUGUAUGUCCUGUUUGGUGUUUUGUGGCUGGCGUGGUCUGCUUGCUACUGGCGAGAUCUCCUGAGAAUUCAGUUUUGGAUUGGUGCCGUUAUCUUUCUGGGAAUGCUAGAAAAGGCAGUCUUCUAUGCAGAAUUCCAGAACAUUCGCUACAAAGGAGAGUCUGUACAAGGUGCCCUGAUCCUUGCAGAGCUGCUCUCAGCAGUGAAACGAUCCUUGGCUCGGACUCUGGUCAUCAUAGUCAGCCUGGGCUACGGAAUAGUCAAGCCUCGUCUUGGAGUCACUCUUCACAAAGUAGUGGUGGCAGGAGCUCUCUAUCUCUUGUUCUCUGGCAUGGAAGGCGUCCUCAGAGUUACUGGGGCCCAGACUGACCUUGCUUCCUUGGCCUUUAUCCCCUUGGCUUUCCUAGACACUGCCCUGUGCUGGUGGAUAUUCAUCAGCCUGACUCAAACGAUGAAGCUCCUAAAACUUCGGAGGAACAUUGUGAAGCUUUCUCUGUAUCGCCAUUUCACCAAUACUCUCAUUUUAGCAGUUGCUGCUUCUAUCGUUUUCAUCAUCUGGACUACCAUGAAGUUCAGGCUAGUGGAUUGUCAGUCGGACUGGCAGGAGCUGUGGGUGGAUGAUGCCAUCUGGCGGUUGCUAUUCUCAAUGAUCCUAUUUGCCAUCAUGGUUCUGUGGAGACCAUCUGCAAACAACCAAAGGUUUGCCUUUUCACCAUUGUCUGAAGAAGAGGAAGAUGAUGAACAGAAAGAGCCCAUGCUAAAAGAAAGCUUUGAAGGAAUGAAAAUGAGGAGUACGAAACAAGAACCAAAUGGAAAUAGUAAAGUGAACAAAGCUCAAGAAGAUGAUUUGAAAUGGGUAGAAGAAAAUGUUCCUUCUUCUGUGACAGAUGUAGCACUUCCAGCCCUUUUAGAUUCGGAUGAGGAAAGAAUGAUCACGCACUUUGAAAGAUCCAAAAUGGAAUGAAGAAUGGAAGGUUUUCAGGGCAGAGCUUGUUAGCGUCAGGGAAAAGAUCAGCAUUUGUGUCAGAUUUCUGUGCUGCUCUACUGGCUGAAAGGAGGCAGUAACACACAUGCUCCUGAUUUGUUGUUCCUUGUGUGUGUGAGAGUGAGAGAGUGAGAGAGAGAGAGAGAGAGAGAGGCAUUACAACCAGGCAAGCGUCCCAUUGGGAAACAGGUCAUAGAAUAACAAAAUCCUCCUAAAAGGUUCUGAUUUACAAUUCCCCUCUUCUACUCCAGAUCUCUUACUUGGAUGUUUAAGCAAACUACAUGUAUUGUUUCAGCUAUUUAAUUUGUCAGACUAAAAUUUUAACACCAAAGGGACAAGGUCCAUAAUAUGUAAUGCCCAGAAGCAACUGCCUAUGAUUUUAUUUAUUUUUUUUUUUUGGAGAGGUGAUGGGGAAAGUUGUUCAUUAUCCUUCAGUUUCCUGGGGAGCAAAUGGUACACCUUGCAGAGCUAGUUGAGAGACAAAAGGGCCCCUUUGAGUUAAGGAGUCCCAAGUACUAUCAGUGAUUAAGAGUACCAAAAAAUAGAAAGAUUUGAAAACAUUAACAGUGGGAUUCAGAUCCUUUUUUAAAGCAAAAUCAAGUGCAAUUUUGUUUACAAAAUGGUGUAUAUUAAAGAUUUUUUCUAUUUCAGAUGUAAUUUAGAGAGAAAAUAUUAGCUUAACUCUUUUGAUGUCUGCUGUUGUGAUACAUCCCAUUGCUGGCAAUGUGGUGCACAUCUGAGAACUUUUAACUACUGCUCUGAAAGCCUCCAAGUGCUGCAUUGCUAUCUUCUAUGCAAUGCUUUAUCUGCCCUGGCAAUCCAGGGAUGAUAAGUGUUCCCCUAGUAUUGCAGCAGGUGUAGAGGCAUUCCUUCCACCUGAGAGCAUGAGUAAACUUCCUGCUGGAGGGUACUGCAAUGCUUCAGAAGAGGAUAACUGAUUACAAAGGAAGCAGGUCCUUCCAGCUUAGUUGAAUAUCCCUGUGUGGGGUAGGAUACGUUAGGGUGAACUUACUGUUUCUGUCGUUGGUUAAGAAUGUUUAGAGGUGUUACAAGGGGAGUUGCUGAAUUAGAAAUGAUUUUAAACACUCCAUUUCUGUUCUAAUGGUUUUCUCAACUUUUGCCUUCCCAAGCUAUGGAUUUCUGUUCUAAAUACAAAAAGUUCAUGCCACUUUUUAAUAUUAAAAACCUCAAAGUCAAAACAUUUCUGAUUUUUCUUUCCAAAUUUUCUCUUUUUUAAUGUUCUUUCUGUCUCCAAAACUCUUGUACCCUCUGUUACUGGGGGGGCAGGAAACAUUCAUUUCCACAUACUUUAUUGCUCUUUGGGCUGGGAAACUGUUGGUUACAAUAUCCACUUUUUUUUUUUUUUGCGGGGCAAUGAGGCUUAAAAGUGACUUGCCCAGGGUCACACAGCUAGUAAGUAUCAAGUGUCUGAGGUUGGCUUUGAACUCAGGUUCUCCUGAAUCCAGGGCUGGUGCUUUAUCCACUGUGCCACCUAGCUGCCCCUCCCCAUCCACUUCUAAAAAAAAAAAUCUGCAUUUCUUUCUAGGUCGUACAAGCUCUGCCAUAGUUACUAGAAGUUUCACAGAUAGGACUUCUUUUCUGUAACAAAGAUAUGAAGAACUGAUUACUCUCACAUAUUAACUGCCUAAAUAGCUACUGACAAAAGGCUGGUAGCUUUAAUUUGCCAUUGGUGCUUCUAUUUUUGUGCCAUAGAAUUAAGAAGCACCAGCUAUGAUCCUUCAAGUGUUUUGGUCUGAAUUGUUCAGGACUAGUAAGGAAGUUUCUGUGGGUCAAGUUUGUAACUCAGGGGCUGGUAGUUGGCUGACAAUCUUCUUCCAUUAUUGGAAUUUGAUUACAGCAUGUCAUUAGCAUGACAGGAUCAGGAUCAGCUUCCAGACUUGGCGGGGGAGGCACAGUUCCCUAUUUUCCUGGAGCACUGGCUAGAUGUCUUAGGUCACAGAGCAGAGACUAGAAAGUGCUACACCAAAACAGGUGCCUACCAUACCCGUGGACUGCUACUGCAGCUACAGCUCUUCCAUUUCUGGCUAUGGACAUGUCCUGAUUGAUCAGUAAUUAACUAAAGAUGUGUAAAAUUUGUUGCACAUUGCCUGGCACAGGCACUUAAUAAAUACU